GCCGAGACCCGAUCCCAGUAGUACUAGUGGCCGCAUGGCGCCUGGCUCGCGAGAGAGUAUAAGCUGGGACAGCCGGAGCAGGACGGGGAACGGCCCCCCGGCUCGCAGCCACACUGCGCCCGGCCUGCGAGCACAAAAGAGGGCUCCUGAGCUGCCCCCUAGCCCGGUGCUCGAGAGAAAAACUAAAACGGACCACCGGCGGGGGAGGCUGCAACCAAGGCUCCACCCUGCAGACGUGACUUAA